AUGGUUUCUUAUGUCUUUAGACCAUUUUUCAUUUUUCUUCUUACUUUGCUUUGUUUCUUAUUUGUUCAUUUUGUUUUUCUUUCUACGUCCUUUUCUACUGUACUUUUAUAUAUUUCUUUCUUAACUUAUUUUAUCUUUCUUUCUUUUGAGCUCUAUUUUUUCUUAUUUGAUUUUUUUAUUUAUUCAUUUUGGUCUGCGUUUCAUUUUCCUUUUUAUCAUUUCUGUUUUGCUUCAGUUUAUUUUGUUUGGAUCUCUUCUUGCUUUUUCCUUUCUAUUUUUUCCAGUUUUCUUUCUUUCUUUCCCAUAAAUUGUAAGAAUAACCCCCUCUUUCUCUGUCACAAUCUCUCUAUCUGUCUUUUUCUUUUUUUCUUUCUUUCUUUCUCUAUUUCGCUCAUUCCCUUUCUCUUUGUGUAUCUCUUUCUGUCUGUCUCACUUUGUAUCUGUCUGUCUCUCUUUCUGUCUCUCUAUUUCUCUCUUUUUCUUUCUCUUUGUCUCUGUCUGUUUCUUUUCUCUCUCCUUUUCUCUAUUUCUCUCUUUCUCUCUCUCUCACUGCCUGUAUCGCUUUCUGUCUGUAUCUCUUUCUCUUUCUCUCUUUCUCUCUCUUUCUCUAGUUUUCUCUAUUUCUCUCUUUCUCUCUCUCUCACUGCCUGUAUCGCUUUCUGUCUGUAUCUCUUUCUCUUUCUCUCUUUCUCUCUCUGUCUUUCUCUAGUUUUCUCUAUUUCUCUCUUUCUCACUGCCUGUAUCGCUUUCUGUCUGUAUCUCUUUCUCUUUCUCUCUGUCUCUUUCUGUCUUUCUCUCGCAAAAGGUCGUUCCAGUCUUAACGAGAUCGAUAAUACGCUGCUCCCCUACUGUUCCUCGUGGAAUGGUAAGUCUGGGUCAAUAAUUUUGGUUGGGUUAACCGACUGGAAAAUGGCUGAAAGGUGA